AAGUAGCCAAACGCCCGAACCCACGAAGGCACGGACGGAAAUUGAAAAAGACGCCAGAAGGAAGUCGCCGAGAGAGAGUCGCCGCCGACAGCCUGCACGCUGCACUGCUCCAGAGUCUAGCCGCUUCCCGCCAGACGCCGCCUCGACGGAAACUCUCCAGCCUCCAGGUCCUGGAGUCCAGAGCUAUGAGAACUGUAAUGGGGAGGCAUGUAGUCCAGCCUGGUGCAAAUGCUAGAGAUAGAAUCAGCCAACUCCCGGCAGAGAUACUUGACCAUAUUAUGGGAUUGUUGCCUAUUCGACAAGCGGCUAAGGUUGCUGUUUUGUCUAAGGUUUGGAGGGACGUGUGGUCCAGCCUCACGCUGUUGUGCUUCGAUCAUGGCUUCUUCCAUGUUGCUGGUAAGAAAUCUUCAAAAGAGGCCCGCAAAGACAAAAACAAACGCUCACGUUUCCACGUAAUCACGCAAAUUCUCUUGCAGCAUAAGGGAUCGAUUCGGAAAUUUGUUUGUUUCCAUGCAUUGGCUAUGACAGAAAUAGUUAGGUUUUCAUCGCUUGAAGUGGAUGAGUGGUUGGUGUUAGUCACACGAAAAGGCGUUGAAGAAAUCCACCUCCAUUUUGGGUGUAACAAAUACAAGCUCCCGGGUUACGUGUUUUCGUGCACGACACUCAAGACAUUACACCUCAACGGUUUCUCUAUUGACCCACAAAAUUCCCCACACACUUUACCGAAUGCUACAUCGCUCCGUUUUGAUUAUGCUGACUUUGGCACGUAUGGGGGAUCUUUCAGACUACGUUGUCCAUGUUCCGAGGCUGGAGAACAUGUCGUUUUCUUGGUGUCGGGAUAUGUUUCACUUUGGCAUUACUGCAAGAAAUCUUACCAGUUUGACACUCUAUGGCUGUUUUAGUAGCGAAUCGGGCAAGUUUCUCCCGGACAACUUGGACUUGAGAUCUAUUUCCACUCUUGAUAUGGACUAUUACAGUUUCAAGUAUUUUGUUGGCCAAUAUACUACAAAGGAACCCGCACUAAAUGUGGAACAACUCAAGCUAUCGAAUUUUUGUUCCCAGGAUGAUGAUGAGUUAAUCUCUGCAUUUGUAUGCUUGCUGUCUAAUUGCCCAAAGUUAUGCAAUCUUGAAAUAAGUUUGGCGGUAAAUAUAUAUUUUUUUACUUCAUUUUCACAGUCAAAAUAUUGAGUAAAACCAUGGUUAGGUCCCUGUAAGAGCAUUCACAGCGGCAUGUCAAAGGAAUGCCACGCCCUGCCACAUCAGCAAGUGGAGGCGUGGCGCGAGGCAAUGGAGGAGCGUUCCACCCCACAUAUCGUUCCACCUGCGAGGCAUAUUUAUAAAAGGGAUUUCAAAGAAUCUUUUCAUCUUUUCAAACGAGAUUGAGGAAAAGAUUUAAAAUAGAGGAAGAAGGGGGGCUCAUCUAGGGUUUUCGGUGGGGGUGUGGUUCAUCCGGGCAUGAAUUUCUGGCGGAUGGAUGUGAAAUUAUUGGAUGGCUACUGUGCACAAUGGAGAGAAGGUCGUACACUCUUGCUCGUGGAUGAAGGAAACCAGGGAGUUACAGAGUAUUAAUUUGUUUGAUUCUUCAAUUUUUUGUUUCUUUAAUUAGGAAUUGAAAUUUUAAAAUUUCAAUUAUUAUGAAUUUCCAUAUCCAAUAUUAUAUAAAAAGGGAGAAUGAUUUUUAUGAUAAAAUGUAUAAAAGAAAUAAUUUUUUAUUAUUAAUAUUGAGUAUGUAUUAAAAAAAGUGAAAAAAUACUUACUUGCCACUGUGGGACUUACCACUCAACUCAUGUGCCACUGUGUGACUGGACUAUUUUUAAUUGGUGGAAAUGUACCACGUCAUCGUGUGGCAUUAUAUUUCAUCCUUGCCAUUGCUCAUGCUCUAAUGUGUCCCUUCAUUCAAUAAUAACACUUCAAAUGCUAAGCUGUUAGUUUUUCUUCCUCUCUUGUUGUGUGUUUAUGUAGUGGGCAGGGAAUAUAAACAAGUGUAUAGAUGUCACAUUUGGGAAUUUGCUAAAAUUCCGCAGUGUGCUACGAACACACAAAAGGCUUCUGUGUUUGAAGCUUCGCUCAUUCAAAGGGUUGAGGCCCCAAAUGCAAUUCGUUAAGGAGAUGCUUGCCUGGCUUCCCGCGCUGGAAAAGGUUGUCAUUAUGUGUAUUCCGAACAUGUUUGAUUGGAACAAGGAACAGCAAACUAUGGAAAAAAUUUCGCAUUUUCCGCGUUCAUCUGCGAAUGCUAAAAUUGUUUAUCAAUGAAUGGAGAUCUUUCCA